AUGGAUCUAAGCUGCCCUUUUGGCCUACUGGGAAAAGAAGUCCGGAGGAGGAGAAUUGUUCUGAACCAGAAGCAAAAGGACACUCUUCGUGCAUGGUUUCAAAAGAAUCCCAAUCCGGAUUUAGCUACCAGGGGACUUUUGGCUAAGGAACUGGGCAUCUCAGAGUCUCAAAUUAUGACUUGGUUUCAGAAGCACAGAAAAAUACAGAAACAAGUGGAGUUUGAUUAUUCUUUUGAAGACGGCCAAGCCCAGGGACAGAAUAAACCUAAAGUUAAAGAACCUGGGAGGAGCCGGACACAUUUUACAAAGGUGCAGAUUGAUACUCUAAUUGCAGCUUUCAAGAUUAAUCGAUUCCCCGGGAUUGUUACCAGGGAAAUGCUGGCUCAAGAAACAGGCAUCCCCGAAUCCAGAAUUCAUAUAUGGUUUCAGAAUCGGAGAGCUCGGCACCCAGACACCCAACAGGGUACUCAGGCAACUGCUCAGCUGCCUCAGAACAGCCAGUGCCCUGCCCUGAAGACUACUGGUCAACCUCCUCCUCCUACAACUCUCACCAGCAGCUUGUCAGUUACACCAGCCUUUUCUCCACCAGACACACAAUCUAGUCCUUUGGACCUCUCUAGGGGCAAUCAGAAGCAGUUAUCAAGGACCACAGUACCACAGCCAUCCCAGGUUGUACAGGGAAGGGGUGAUAGUCCAAGUUCCUCAGUGUUUAAUGGCCACUUAUCGCCGGUAAUAACUCCAGGACUGGAGGGCUUCCAUCCUCAGGCUCCUUUAUGGCUCCCAAUCCAAGAAAGAUGUCAAGAUCCCAGAGAGAACAGUGGUUUGGCUGUACCACCCUUAGGCGAUUCUACGCAGGCUCCAGCUGUCAAUCAACUGGACCAGAAAGACUUUGCCUUUCUGCAGCACUGGGAUGAAUGGUUCCAACUGAUGCUUGCUGAAUGGAUACCUGACAAAGAAUACUGGUCUCCUGGUAAAUCUGAGCUACAUCCAUGGCAGAUGCAGCUUCAGCAGCCUGCCAGUCUACCUCAUCAAGCAGACAAAAUUCCACAGCAGUAGGGUUAAGCCUCAAGCCGUUUCUAUUAAUUUCCACUGAACAUGGCUUCAUCUUUUCACAUCCAGGCCCACCUGUGGAUGACUGUGCAUGG